UGAACAUAGUCAAAUCAUAGUGUGAAAGCAGGUGAGCUGGUUGUACUAUUUUUGGCAAUUUGCUGGUGUUUUGUGGUGGCAAACUGAGCAGGUCGAGCGUAACAUGUCAACUCUGUUACCCAUAGAUAGACAGGCUAGAAAUGUUUGAACAAUUUAACACUUUUUGUGAAACUUUAAGAUAAAUAAUUAAAUUGUCAACCCUGUUACGGUCAACCCUGCUUCUUUAUUUGCCACUUAAAGUGGAAAUCAGCAGUAGAAACAAUUACAAAGCUGUUCCCCUCCCCUGUUUUGGUAAAAAGCUGAGGGAUGGGGCUGGAGAACUGUAACCACUCUGAAAUAUCAAAAUGAUCGUUUAAGUGUGUUUUGAGGCUAUAUGGCGUUUGUUAAAAUGUACUUUGUUUACCAACAUUGGAAUAGAGCAAGUUUAUAUUUUUGGUUCUGAUGGUGUAUGACAGUUGAACUAAGUUCAUGAGGCAUUUAUAAGUUAUAUUCUUCAAGAAUCAAUGGUAACAUAUCAUUCAUUUAUAAGUCCAAAAAUGGAUGUAGCAACUGCUGAUUGCCCCUUUAACAGUCACUUACUAUAGUCAUUUUUUUUAACCUCUUGAAUUGGGUAAAGGGGUUUUUAUGAAGUUGAACAUGUGUUAUUUAUGAAAUAAUGUUAAAAUGAGGUGAAAUCAAACCAAGUUACAUUUCUCAAAAUGCAGCAAAUUGGUGGAACAACGCUAUUAUGAGCAGCAUGAUGGAACACAGAUUUUUACAUUGCACUCAAAUCUGAACUAUCAAGGCAUGGACACAUAAAACUGAAAGUUACUGUAGCUUCAUGUUUAUUGUCAGCAUGUAUAAUUAUUUUAUUUAUCUUUCUGUACAAGUGUAAUCUAAAAAAAACAACAACAUAAAAACAAAAAAUAAACAUAAAGGCUGCAAAUAAAUUCAGUGCAGUUCCUUCCUAUUUCUAUAGCCCUAUAUGUUGUCUUAUAUUGCAGGUUUGUCAUCACUAUGUUCCACCAUUCACUCUCUCUAGAAAUGAUUUAGUCAUGCUUCUAGGGGGGAUUAAAUCACUUGCUUAUCAUCACGUAAUUACUGUCAAUUUAAAUGUAAACAUCUCCAAUGUUAUACAUGCUCUGGGUCAGCAAGGGUUUACAAUAGGUUCAAUAUUCUGGACAGUCAAGGGUUAACACUGAGGCCCCAGCAUGCAUAUGGCUAUUUGGACAAUCUGGGCACACUUCCGGUAAUACCGUGAGAGGGACCUGGCAACUUUGCUUACGUGGAAUUUUAAGCUGAGAGAGAAACACAUAUGGCUUUACAAGCUCCAUUGCAUUUUGGAAGUAUCUCUCCUCCUUCCAUGUAAUGAUUGACCGAUCCUAGUGAAGGAGUAGAUCAGUCUCUGUGUCUGUGUCUCUGCUGAGUCACUGCAAGCUGGAAGGAGCACUAAGCUAGCGGAGCAGACGACAGCAGAGCACCAUGACCUGCCGGAUGUUUGAGGAGAAACACCAUGCCGCCAUCUACCAGAGGUACCGCUUUGUACCCCCAGAGGAGAUCAGAUACAUCAUCCUGCAUUACCUGGAAAGGAAGAAAGUCCAGCCUCAUGCCCUAGCUGUGGACCUGGGCUGUGGGACGGGGCAGAACUCACGCCUGAUGGCCCCACACUUCCAGGAGGUGGUGGGCAUUGACAUCAGCGAGUGCCAACUGGAGGAGGCCAGGGCAGUGGCAGGGUUCAACAACAUCACCUACAGGAAAGGGACAGCUGAGGAGCUGCCGUUUCCGGAUGCUUCUGUGGACCUACUGACUGCAGCCUCAGCGGCCCAUUGGUUUGACCAGCAGCGGUUCCUCUUGGAGGCAGUCCGGGUCCUGAAGCCUUGCGGCUGCAUGGCUCUGCUUGGCUUUGCUGAUAACUUCAGACUCCAUUACGGCUCAUGUGGGGACAGACUCACUGACAUCUGUGAUGAGUUCAAGAAGGUGCUGUUACCAUACACCAGCACACAGGUAGCAGUGGCCAACAUCAAACUACAAGAGCUUUACACUGCUAUCCCCUUCCCUGACAAAGAGAGGGUUGAGUGUAUCCCACUGAAGCAGCAGAUCUCAGUGAGGAACAUAGUGGGCUUCAUGGAGUCCUUCUCCAUGUACCAGGCCUUCCAGAGGGCCGAGCCUGAUGCUGCCACCGCACUGCUGCAGAGAACACUCGACAGGUUUCUGAAGGAGAUGGGAGUCACAUCACCAGACACACUCAUGGAAGUGACGCUGGAGUAUUUCUGUGUCCUGGCGUCUAAACCGGAGUGAACACUCUUUACAGUGUGAAUGUGUGUGUGUAGACAGAUGUUUCUUAAGCUUGUGUCAAUCAUGUUUAAGCUGUUGUUAAGUAGUAUUCUGUUCACAUAAGGUGUCAUUGAAGUCCCUUUGGUUGUCUCUUUUAUACAUUGUAAUGUAGAGCAAACUAUUAGCCUUAGUCACAUCAUUAUCAAAAUGCUUGCCACAUUUAGUAUCUUCCCUGCCUGAGAUUGACAAUAAAAUGUGUCUGCAGACACAAUCAUAACUUUUGAAUAUUAUUUCACUUCAGGGCCGUAUCAAGUGUCUCAGAGUAAUAUUAGGAGUGUGGAUUUUAGGAUCAGUUUUUCCUUUUAGAUCACAAUGAAAAAUAUAACAUGGACAAGGGGGUAUCUGAUCCAAGAUUAGCACUCCUAAUCUGAGACAAUUGAUACUUACGCAGCCCAAUUCUGAUAUUUUUAACUAAUUGGUCUUUUGAUCGAUCAGAUCAGGUCUGAAAAAGAUCUGAUGUGAAAAGAUCUGAUUGGUAAAAAUAUCAGAAUCGGGCUGCCUGUCGAAACACAGCCAUACUGCCCCAGAUAUUCUGAUGGUUUCUUUUUAAUAUGCUGUAUGCAUGGGAUCAACCCAAUUCAUCACGUUACGCAAACUAAGAGGAGACCUUUGGUCGGUUCUUGGACCAGUCCUUCAGAUAUUGUUUAUAAUUAACUCUUUCAGUGAUCUAGUACAGCUCAGUACAAAGCCUGUUGUUGUUGAUCUAUUGCUCAGUGAUCAGUUGGAAUAGGGUUUUAUCUGAGUAAAAAGACUGAACUCAGGCUUUUGUAUUUUCCCACAUCAAUCACAACAAGGAAAGCACUUCAUAGCAAAGUAAGUUCCUGAUCCCUCCCUCUCCCGUCCCAUCUCCAUGGGACUUCUUAUUGGUUCUGACACACCACACAGCUCUUUGACCCCAUGUAACCCUGGCUCCCUUCAUAAACAGCCUCAUUCGCAAACACACAUUCCCAUGAAGCUGCUGCUCCGCCCCUUCCUCUCUAUCUGGGGCCUGUCUCAUACUAGCCUGGCCAAGCACCUAAUGGUUUCCCUGUAACUGGCCCUCUGAAGAAAGGGAAUCUCCUGCGAUGAGUGAAGUAGUGUGUGUGUGAUCACAUUCCUUAACGUAGCCUCCACAACCCAGUGAGAAAGAGAGCUUGCAUGAGUUUUAUUAAAAUCCGUAAGAGAAACAGGUCUCUUUCUGGGCUGGAGAAUACCUUUUGUAUUCCUGUUUUCUCCUGUAGUAUAGCUCAGUGGCAUGGCAUGGCCCAUCAUCUGUUUGAAGGUAAGGAGCAUGCUGCCUCCUACUGGAAAUACAGAGUCUCAGCUCAUUGAAGAGGUCAUGUUCUUCCUGAAGAGAACGGUAGGAGUGACAUACCUGUUACAUUUUCAGACUUGGUUUUCCUAAAUCAAAUACCAUGGAUUGUGCAUGCUCAGAUGAAAUGGUUACAGUCUUCUGUGGAUGUAAAAUAGUUACAAUGGAAAAUAUUGCGAAACAUGACAGAAUUAUAUCAAUGUUUAGUUCCAGCUUUUAACGUUCUUGUAACAGAUAAAGAUGGUCUAUUUACAUUCUAAUGCCUUUAAAAAUGUGUGCAUGUACUAACAAUGUCUCAUACCUGUGUGAUGGGGAUGUGUCCUAUUUGACAGAGGGGCAUGCAGCCCUUUGACCUGGCAGUAGAUGUGCCCUGACCCACAGCCUACCUUGCCUCCUCCUCGGUGUUGGGGACCGACGUGAGCCCUGACCAGCAGGAGGUGGCCCUAGAGCAUGCAACUGCCCCUAACGUCUCUUACAGGUCAGAGCCUCCGCCCCUAACAUCUCUUACAGGUCAGAGCCAACCCCAGAGGGGAGAGGAGGAAGGUGCACUGGACUGGAGGGUCAUGUUUUGUUUUGAGUAACACUAACGUGGACUUUAACCCUUUACAUUACAGUCAAAGAAUUAGUUUUUUAUAAGUAGGCCUACUAGACUUGUAGGUACAAAAUAAUUUUAUUCAGGGUGAAAUUGACAUGGAUUUACCAAUACCGUCUCACUCAGAACAGUCUUGCCUUAUGUAACAGUACCACAAUGUCAUGGGAGAGAGGACUGUAGGGUUAAAGUCUUUUGUUGAUGUGGAUACAGUGAAAAUAGGCCAAGGGCCAAACCGGACAAUGGGACCCUUGUCUGCUCAAACUUUUGCACGUCUUCCUGUAAUGAGCAAACAUAAAAGCUAUUCUGGAACAGUGCCAUCUGAACUACAUCUCAGGAACGAAACCACAAAGUUGUGAGCAAAUUCUAGCCUGGUUCCCAUCGGUUCUUGCUGUUUUGCCAUUUCCUGUAGUGGAGGUGACAAGUUACUUGAAAUUAGCAGCCCAGUUGUCAUAGUAGAUCUUUUAACCUCUCCUUUAUGUGACUACUAACAUUAGCCUCCUCUAUCCAUGUAAUGAUUAAAAGGUCCUAGUGAAGGAGCAGGUCUGUCUCUGUCUGCUGAGUCACUGCAAGCUGGAAGGAGCACUAGGCUAGCGGAGCAGACAGCAGAGCACCAUGACCUACCGGCUGUUUGAGGAGAAACACCAUGCCUCCAUCUACCAGAGGUACCGCUUUGUACCCCCAGAGGAGAUCAGAGACAUCAUCCUGCAUUACCUGGAAAGGAAGAAAGUCCAGCCUCAUGCCCUAGCUGUAGACCUGGGCUGUGGAAGAACUCACGCCUGAUGGCCCCACACUUCCAGGAAGUGGUAGGCAUCGACAUUAGCGAGUGCCAACUGGAGGAGGCCAGGGCAGUGGCAGGAUUCAACAACAUCACCUACAGGUGUUUGAACGUGUGUGUGUGGGGUCUAACUUUACUAUCCUGUUGAGGUCCAAAAGUCCUCACAAGGAUAGUAAAACAAUGAAAGUGGGGAUAUUUUGCCGAUCCUAUUUUAGGCUUAGAGGUUAGGUUUUGGGUAAGGGUUAGGAGUUAGGGGUAGACUUAGGUUUAGUUAGGGGUUUGGGGUUAGGCUUAAGGUUAGGCGUUCGGGAAAAUAGGAUUUUGAACGGGAAUAAGAGAUGUUGUCCCCACCUGGAUAGUAAAACCAACGUGUAUGCUGUUUAAAGAUAAGUGAUGACAAUCUGCAGAGACAAAGUUAUUUCUGAAGAUUAUUAAUAAUUUCAUGUGAUUAGUGGUUCAUUUGCGUCUGUCCUUCAUUUUAAAGUCAACCCUUUUACGUGAACUAAAAUGGUGAAAGUAUAAUAUAUAUUUUUUCUUCUUGGCAUUCUCUCAACAAAAAACAUUGAACAUAGUCAAAUCAUAGUGUGAAAGCAGGUGAGCUGGUUGUGCUAUUUUUGGCAAUUUGCUGGUGUUUUGUGGUGGUAAACUGAGCAGGUCGAGCGUAACAUGUCAACUCUGUUACCCAUUGAUAGACAGGCUAGAAAUAUUUGAACAAUUUAACACUUUUUGUGAAACUUUAAGGUAAAUAAUAAAAUUGUCAACCCUGUUACAGUCAACCCUGCUUCUUUAUUUGCCACUUAAAGUGGAAAUCAGCAGUAGAAACAAUUACAAAGCUGUUCCCACCCCUGUUUCGGUAAAAAGCUGAGGGAUGGGGCUGGAGAACUGUAACCACUCUGAAAUAUCAAAAUGAUCGUUUAACUGUGUUUUGAGGCUAUAUGGCGUUUGUUAAAAUGUACUUUGUUUACCAACAUUGGAAUAGAGCAAGUUUAUAUUUUUGGUUCUGAUGGUGUAUGACAGUUGAACUAAGUUCAUGAGGCAUUUGCAAGUUAUAUUCUUCAAGAAUCAAUGGUAACAUAUCAUUCCAAAAAAGUCCAAAAAUGGAUGUAGCAACUGCUGAUUGCCCCUUUAACAGUCACUUACUAUAGUCAUUUUUUUUAACCUCUUGAAUUGGGUAAAGGGAUUUUUAUGAAGUUGAACAUGUGUUAUUUAUGAAAUAAUGUUAAAAUUAGGUGAAAUCACACCAAGUUACAUUUCUCAAAAUGCAGCAAAUUGGUGGAACAACGCUAUUAUGAGCAGCAUGAUGGAACACAGAUUUUUACAUUGCACUCAAAUCUGAACUAUCAAGGCAUGGACACAUAAAACUGAAAGUUACUGUAACUGUCACGACUUCUGCCGAAGUCGGUUCCUCUCCUUGUUUGGGCGCCGUUCGACGUCACCGGUCUUCUAGCCAUCGCUGACCCACCUUUCAUUUUUCCAUUUGUUUCCCAUGUCUGGGUGCGGUUGGUUUUGCAUAUUAAACUGCUCCGGUUAUUACCCAGUUCUGCUCUCCUGCGCCUGUCACCCCAGCAGUCAGUCAAGCACCUCUAACAGUAGCUUCAUGCUUUUUGUCAGCAUUUAUAAUUAUUUUCUUUAUCUUUCUGUACAAGUGUAUGUAAUGAAAAAUAAUCGAACAAAAAAUAAACA